UGAAGUGAUUGUCAACAUUCUCGACCCCCAAUAAGAACUCUUUUUAUUAUUAUUUAAAUUUAUUUUUUCAAACAGAGAAUUAGAAAGAAAACCCUCCAGAAUCUCCGUUGAACUUCCAUUCUCUUUGUUCGCUUCGCUUUCAGCUCCUCAGCUUCCAUGGACUCACAGCCGGAACAAUCUCCGUCACUAGAAGACUGCUUGAAGCUCUUGGAAGGCGAGCGGGAUGAGCAGCGCCUCGCUGGUCUAUUUCUGGUCACGAAAUUUUGCAAAGGUGACGACAACGCUUCGCUCCGCAGGGUUUACAACGCCGUCGGAUUUCACUUCCUGGAUCGUCUGCUUAGAACUGGGACGGGAAAAGGAAGCGUUGGUGGCAGUGGAGCCGACAACCAUGACGCAUACUUGAAGCUAUCUAUUACCGUUCUUGCUGCCUUGUGUCGUGUGCCUGAAAUUGCUUCUUCAGAAGAUAUGAAUCUGAAGAUUCCGCUGAUACUAGAGAUAAUGUCAAAGGAUUCAGGCUUAUCUGUGCUUGAAGAAUGCUAUGAAUUUCUCUACCUAGUAUCAACUGCUUCUGAAGAUGGAGCCUUGACAUUGUAUGAAUCUGGAGGCAUGAAAGUGUUGGCUUCUCAAAUAUCUACUUUUUCAGAUGAUUCUCAUCUAAUGGAGAUAGCUUCAAAACUUGUGAUGUUGAUACUAAGCAAGCUGUCUUUGGAUGUCAUUGCUAAUGACUACUUAUUUGAGCUCUCGGUGAUUGUGUCAACAAUGGCAAGGCCAUUUGCAGUAUUGCAGAAUUCCUUGAAAUUUGAAUUGCUCCACCUACUCUGUACCAUUAUCUCAUUGAAAUAUUUGGCACCACUACAUGAUGCCCUUCGGGUAAUGCCAAACAGAAGUUGGUCAUAUUAUAUGCGUGAUGGUAUUGCGGCCAUCCUACAUAGUCGUGUUGCACCUGCAGAGAGGCUGGAGGCUCUUAUGUUGGCUGAGACUAUGGUAACCAUACUUGGGGGGAAGUGGUUGCUUGGUCAAGUAAACUUGCCUCAUAAAGAAGAUCUGGUUCCAGUUGACAGGUUUCUGCUGCUUGUCUUAGAGCAAUCAAGGGUUGAAGUUGCUGUUUUGCUUAACGAGCUUGCCUACUUGAAGUAUGAAGCAUCUAAGAAUUGUUCAUCUACUGCUGAGACGAUUUUUUUAAAGCAAAGAAAUGUGGCUAUUGCUUUUUCCUUGAUGGAGAAGAUAAUUAAAUUAAUAUCAGACACUGGUGGAAAUGAAGGAGACCUUAUUGAUGAAAGCACUUUAACAAAUGUGAUCAGGGCACUUAAUGAGACAGUUAGUGUUGUUUUGGAGUAUUUACAGGAUGCAAAGGAACAUGGACAAAGGAAAGGAGAUGAUCUUCUUGCUUCAGUGCGGAUUGUUGGGAGCUAUCUUGCAGAAGCACCCUUUGCGUGCAAAGAGAAGGUCGAAGAACUAUUAGAGUAUAUGCUUUCAAUCGAAGGUGAAGAUGAACAAAGCCCUUUCUACUCAAUAUGUUUUUUGCUUCCAAUGUUGUGUCAAAUAACAAUGAAGAUUGAAGGAUGCAAUGCUUUGGCUUCUUCCGGAGGGCAUAAAGCUGUUAUGGAAUGCCUCAUAAAAUUGAUUGGCCUGGAUAAUCAUAUGGUUGAGAACGACAGUUCUGUCUUCUUGGCUUGUGAUACAAUCAUGAAUCUCCUGUUAAAGAAAGAGCACGUGCGGUUGUCAUUGGACGAAUCAACUUAUGUUCAUCUUUUGAAAGCGUUGGCAUGUUGGACAGAGGAUACUGAAGACCCAUCGGUUAUUAUGAUGGCUUCAAGCAUUUGUGCACUGAUAUUUGAUUUCACAUCAGAGAAGGCUCUUCUUAAUCAUCCCAACUUUGAUGGUGGCUCUCUUAGUGUUCUGUCUAGGCUCAUUGCGAGAAGUUUGGCUUCAGGUGGACAGGAUAUGUCUGAAGAUACCAAUGCAGAUGCGGAUCUUUUGGAGAUUGUUAAUGCAGGAUACUCUCGAUGGGCUCCUAGGUUCCCCCAUAUAAGAGCGGAAGUUGAGAGAUAAACUGGUUACGCUUCUUGGGCGAAAUUCUAUUUUGUUGCCAACCGAAGAAAUCAGGAAGGGAUGAUCGUUUCUCUACGAUCUCGGUGCAUUGAUUCUACUCCACUUUCAUGUGGUCAACCCCUGUUGUUUUUUGGCAUGCUUUUCCAAGUUGUGUAUGUAUAUGGAUGAUAGCUUUCCGAGUUUUAUAACUUGUAGAGUUCACCUUUCUUUUUUC